AAUGCCGAACGUAUGUGCAGUUGCUGGUUGCAAAAAUAAGUAUGAUAAAAAUAAACCAGCUUUAAGUAUGUUUACUUUUCCGAAAACUGAAUUUUAUCGCAAACAGUGGCUUAAAGUUUGCAAAAACCCAAAAAUCAACGUAAAAUACGUUGAAUGUCCAAAAGAUUAUGUACCGAAUAAUAAUGAAGUGGACCUACUUGAAUCAUUAGAGAAAGAAAUGGCAGUUGAAAAAAUGGCUGAAGAAGGCUUAAAAUAUAUUGCAGGAUACGUUGCAUAUCGUUUUGGGAAAGAUGAUUCACUUGGUUGUCACACAUCCAGAUUGACAGAGCAACCUGAUAAUGACUGGAUCUGUCAUUUGUCUAAGGGAUAUCUAAAAUAUCCUUCAGAUAAAUUGCUUGUGGCAGCCAAGAUCAUGGAAGAGGAGUUUCAGUCUUUUCAUGGCUUAUCGUUUUCCAAGGAAAACAAAAUUUAUCAAAAAGUUGCAAAUAAGGUUAGUGAUAAAUUAGAGGAUAAAUUAGAUAUAAAGGUAUUAUUGUGUCUGCGCUUCAAUAUGGUCGUCGCUUCAGGUAAUCGCUAUGAACGCGCUAGGCGGCCGUUGAUGGUAACUAAUAAGAUAGUUAUCACCCAUCGGUAA